AUCUUUAAAUAUCUUACCCAGGGUAUACAAUAGAUUUGUCCUAAUGUUUUGGAAACACCUCUGUGAAAAUACACAUAGAUACACUAAAUGAAAAUUAAAAUGUGGGAUUUUAAAGAGCCAUGUGAUAAAAACAAUGAAAUAUUUUGAAAUCAAGGAUGGGAUGUGGAUCAAGUAGUGAUGCUCCAGAAGGUCCUAGGACCGUUGUAGUUUUCGGGGCCACUGGCCUACUGGGAAGCUCUGUAGCGCGGGCGCUACUUGAGGACCCAUUUAGAUUUAAAGUAAAAUGUGUAACUAGAAGAUCAUCCAGUGAUAAAGCCAGAAAGUUGGCUGAAUUAGGUGCUAUAAUAGUAACAGCAGAUUUAGAUGACCCAAAAAGUUUAGAGAGGGCCGUAGAUGGAGCUGAUACUAUGUUCCUAACUACUCAUUAUUGGGAGGAUAAAAACAAAGAAAAAGAGGUCAUCAGAGGAUUGAACGCUAUUGAUGCUGCUGUCCAUGCUAACAUCAGACAUCUUGUGUUCAAUGGAUCUGAACUGGUAAAGAAAUAUGUAGGCAGAGAAUGUGCUCAUUUAGAUUCUAAAGCAGGGAUAGAGGAGUACAUCCGGGAAGUUGGAAGUAAAGCCGGUCGAGCAGGCAUCACGUAUACAAUCAUACGACUUCCAUUCUGGUACGAAAAUUUCUUCACAAUCUUUAAACCACAUAAAAUCAAACACGGAGUUUAUGCCAUAGCAUUGCCCCUAGAAGACAAUGACAUAGAAGCAAUAUCGGUCGAGGACGUCGGAGAAUGUGUAGCUACAAUUUUUAACAAGCCAAAAUUAUAUGCUGGAAAAACCAUCGGUUUAACUGCUGGGCGAUUAACAAUGAAAGCUGUUGUUGAAGGGUUUAAUAAACAAUUUUCAAACAGAAAAUUUGAAGAUCCGAAGAUACGAUGUAAAGAUUUUGAAAGAUUUCAGUUCGUCGGAGCAAAAGACUUGGCGGUCAUGUUUGAUUUUUUCACAUCACCUCACUGUGUACGAGACUAUAAAUUAACAAAGAAAUUAAAUUCAGACAUUCGAUCGUUUGAUAAAUGGUUAUACCACAGUAGGGAAAUUAUAGAUGAAGAAUUAAAGAAGGAUUAAUUAAUAUUUUAUAUGCAAAUUUUCCAAACAUGUUUUGGAGUUAUACGCUUCAAUUGAUCUUUUAUCAAAUUAAAACACAAGGUUUUACAAACUUUUAUAAAAGCGUGUCUGUGAUGCGGAUUCUAAAAAGGAAAAUAGAACUGUUACUGACAAGGGAGAGAAGAUAGGAGACAGGAUACCCUAACUGCUUUGCUCCUAAUUAAUAUGAGAACCAUUAAAUAGGUGGUGUAUGUCUUACAAUUUUACAUGUAGCAUUUACAAAUGUUUUACCUCUAUUUGUUUGUAAUUUAACCAGACACAUAACUUUUUUUCAGUUGUUUAACCUACAAUAUUUUUUUCUGUGAUAUGCAAGAUAUGGUUUGCAUACUUUUAACAUAGUGUUAUUCAUCAAUUUUUAGAAAUUUUGAUAUGUUGCAAAUUUGUAAUAUGAUAUAUUUAUAGACGAACAGUAUAUAAAAACUCUGUAAUAUAAAAGAAUAAUGAUAUGCAUUUUAUUUUGAAAAUUUGACCAGUUUUGCAUUUAUUAUAUCAUAUUGUUAUAAGUUUUGUUUUCAUUUACAACAAUAAAUUUGAGAAAAAAAGUGUAUUAGAACGUC